UCGACAGGAGGCAUUGGGCAGAGUUGAAAUGGUUUGCCCUUUUAGUAUGACGACAUGGAGAAAAUGAUAAAAGCUGGGUUGUUCUUUGCUCGUGGCCCUCUUUUCAAGUCCACCAGAGCAAUUUUAUAAAUAUAACACACAUGCUAGGGUUAGGGUUCCAUAGCCAUCAACCACCCAUAAAGACUAAUCACCCCUUGCCUUCACCAUCACUCCUUCCUCCUCAUCACUGUUCCUUCUUCUUCUUCUUCUUCUUCUUCUUCUUCUUCUUCUUCUUCUUCUCCAUUAGUUACUUUAGGCCCUCUCAGAUUUAGAUGAAACCCCAAUCGGGAAAGCUUCCCUAGAAAGGUUGAGGAUCGGACUCGGGUCGGGUCAUCACGACCGCUAGGGUUUCUUGGCCGGCCGGCCCUUUGAGCAUGAAGAAGAGGCAAGUGGUUGUGAGAAGAUCAGACGGGUCGACCCGGUCCAUGUCGAACACAUCGUCGUCGGCCAUUCGAGCCAUCCGGUAUGGCGAGUGCCAGAAGAACCAUGCAGCCAGCCUCGGCGGGUACGCCGUGGAUGGGUGCAGAGAAUUCAUGGCGAGCGGAGAGGAAGGGACUGCCGAUGCCCUGAAUUGCGCUGCCUGUGGGUGCCACAGGAACUUCCACAGGAGAGAAGUUGAGACUGCCGAGGUUGUCUGUGAGUAUACUCCACCUAAUUACAGCCGCCGAUAGUCGAAUUAUAUCAUACAUAUGCAAACGACAUAUAUCAUGGAGUACUGCCCCAUAUAUUGCUAAUCAUACACGCACAGUAUGUGUAUUACUUUGAAGGGAUCAGAGUCCUAGCUAGGAGUACUGUAUAGUCACAGAAAAAUUUCUGUGAUAGGGAGACCGGUUCCGAAUCGAGUGUGAUAAUAUGAUUGUAUUGUUGUUCAAGUGUGACUGUGGAAUCAAAAAUUUAAUUCCUAAUUCAUGAAUUGCAAGGCUAUUUUCUAUUCUA